CAAUCAAAACCAAAACAAAAAAGAACCAACUUUUCACUCACGUAAAAAAUACUUCUACUUUGAAUUUCUUAUGCACUAUUAUUGUUGCCUACCCACGCCAUUGAACACGCACAAGUGGGUAAUGGACAAAAUAAGUAGAAUUCUUCUGUUAUAUUCACGCCACCCCCCUCUCAAAUUACUCACUCUUCUCCACGCCCACAACUUAACAUGACUCCUCUGCUUCUCUCCUUCCUCUGUCUCCUCCUCUCUCCGCUCUUCACACUCUCACUCAACCAAGAAGCUUUAAUCCUCCACCAACUGAAACUCGCUCUCUCCGACCCUGACUCGGUCCUCAACGACUGGAAUGACCGCGACGACACUCCCUGUAACUGGUUCGGCAUCAAAUGCGAUGCCGUUUCUGGCUCUGUUUACUCUGUUGAUCUUUCCAAUGCCAACUUAGGUGGUCCUUUUCCUUCCUUGCUAUGUCGUUUAAAGAACCUAACUUUCCUUUCCUUAGACAACAACUCCAUCAAUUCAACCCUCCCUCUUUCCAUCUCCGACUGUAGUUCCCUCGAACACCUUGAUCUCGCUCAGAACUUGCUCACUGGCCCUCUGCCCAACACGCUCCCGGAGAUUCGAAAUCUCAAGCACCUCGACUUGACUGGUAAUAAUUUCUCCGGUGAUAUACCGGAGAGUUUUGGGCGGUUUCAGAAGCUUGAGGUCAUAUCUGUUGUUUAUAAUCUGUUUGAUGGGAUUAUUCCGGCGUUUCUGGGCAACAUUUCCACGCUUAAGACGCUCAAUUUGUCAUACAACCCUUUUACUCCUGGUCGGAUCCCGGCGGAGCUUGGGAACUUGACGAAUUUGGAAAUUUUGUGGCUGACUGAGUGCAAUUUGGUGGGCGAGAUUCCUGACUCGCUGGGUCGACUCCAAAAUCUUCACGAUUUGGACCUCGCUCUCAACGAUUUGGUCGGUGUGAUUCCGAGUUCGCUCACUGAGAUGACCAGUCUCGUUCAGCUGGAGCUCUACAACAACUCGCUGACAGGGGAGUUGCCGCGCGGGUGGGGGAAAUUGACCGCAUUGCGACUGCUCGACGCGUCAAUGAACCGGUUGACAGGAACGAUUCCCGACGAGCUGUGUCGGCUGCCACUCGAGAGCUUGAAUCUGUACGAGAACAAUUUAGAAGGUAUUUUGCCUACAAGCAUCGCGAACUCGCCGAAUUUGUACGAACUCAGGCUGUUUCAGAACCGACUGAGUGGCGAGCUGCCUCAAAAUCUCGGCAAAAACUCGCCUUUACGGUGGAUUGACGUUUCCAGCAACCAAUUUUCCGGUGAAAUCCCGCAAACUGUGUGCGACGAAGGCCGCCUAGAGGAGCUGCUGAUGAUAUACAACUCUUUCUCGGGUCGAAUUCCCUCAAGUUUGAGCGAAUGCCGGAGCUUGCGCCGGGUCAGACUGUGUUACAACAAGCUAUCUGGUGAAGUACCGAGCGGCUUCUGGGGUCUCCCUCAUGUUUACCUGCUUGAUCUUACCGAUAAUUCACUUUCGGGCCCAAUUUCGAAGGACAUCGCUAGCGCGUCGAAUUUGUCUUUGAUAAAGAUAUCAAGAAAUGAAUUUGAAGGAGCAAUACCGGAGGAGAUUGGUUUUCUAGAUAAUCUUGUGGAGUUUUCAGGCAGUGAUAAUAGGCUCAGUGGGGCUUUGCCUGGGAGUAUAGUGAAACUAACCAAACUAGGGACUAUCGAUCUUCACAACAACGAGCUUUCGGGUGAGAUACCAGAUGGGAUUGCGUCCUGGAAGAAAUUAAACGAGCUGAAUCUAGCGAAUAACUCUUUUUCAGGGACGAUUCCUGAGGAAAUUGGAAGCUUGUCUGUGCUUAAUUAUCUUGAUUUGUCUGCUAAUAGACUUUUUGGGCAAAUCCCCCUCAGUUUACAGAAUCUGAAGCUCAACGAGCUCAAUUUAUCGAAUAACCGGCUUUCAGGUGAGAUCCCUCCAUUAUUUGCGAAGGAGAUAUACAGGACUAGCUUUAUGGGUAACCGUGGUUUAUGUGGAGAUAUGGAGGGUUUGUGUGAACGUAGAAGGGAGAAUAACAACGAAGCUUAUGCUUGGUUGUUUAGGUCUAUUUUUGUUUUAGCCGGUUUGGUGUUUAUUGUUGGAAUGGUCUGGUUUUUCUGGAAGUACUGGAAUUUCAAGAAAGCAAGAGCUGUGGACAAGUCUAAAUGGACAUUGAUGUCGUUUCAUAAACUUGGUUUUAGUGAACAGGAGAUCUUGGAUAGCCUUGACGAGGAUAAUGUCAUAGGCAGUGGAUCUUCAGGGAAAGUUUACAAGGUUGUGCUUAGCAACGGUGAGGCCGUUGCGGUGAAGAGGCUUUGGGGAGUGGUGAAAAAGGACUGUGAGAAUGCCGACACUGGCGAUAUCGAGAAAGGCGAGGUCAAAGAUGAUGUCUUUGAUGCUGAGGUUGGGACUUUGGGAAAGAUCAGGCACAAGAACAUUGUUAAGCUUUGGUGUUGUUGCACUACUAGAGAUUGCAAGCUUUUAGUCUAUGAGUACAUGCCAAACGGUAGCUUGGGUGAUUUGCUUCAUAGCAACAAGGCGGGUUUGUUGGAUUGGCUUACGAGGUAUAAGAUUAUAGUAGACGCAGCUGAAGGGCUUUCAUAUCUGCAUCACGAUUGUGUUCCUCCAAUUGUGCAUAGAGAUGUCAAGUCUAGUAACAUUUUGUUGGAUGGGGAUUAUGGAGCAAGAGUGGCUGAUUUUGGAGUAGCCAAGAUUGUUGAUGUAACUGGAAAAGGUCCUAAGUCCAUGUCCAUCAUUGCCGGUUCUUGUGGAUACAUUGCACCAGAGUAUGCAUACACACUUCGCGUGAACGAAAAGAGCGAUAUAUACAGCUUUGGUGUGGUGAUACUUGAGUUGGUUACAGGGAAACGUCCAGUUGAUCCAGAAUUUGGGGAAAAAGACUUGGUAAAGUGGGUGUGCACCACUUUAGAUCAGAAAGGAGUGGACCAUGUGCUUGAUACAAAACUUGAUUCCUGUUUCAAAGAAGAAAUAUGUAAAGUACUCAACAUUGGGCUCCUCUGCACCAGUCCCCUCCCAAUCAACAGGCCAUCUAUGAGAAGGGUUGUGAAAAUGUUGCAAGAAGUGGGUGGUGAGAAGCAGGUCAAGACGACUAUUAUUGAUUCAAAGGAUGGGAAGUUGACUCCUUAUUACUAUGAAGAUGCCUCAGAUAAUGGUAGUGUAGCUUGAGAACUGUGUUUUUUUUUUUUAUUAUUUAUUUUACACAAUUGUGGUGUGAAAGUCAUGGAAGGAGUAAGCUUUUAAAAAGCUCCUAUUUUUCUUGUUGACUUGUUGACAUUUCCAUGAUGAUCCCCGGUUUGUGUUUCUGGGAAGAAAGAGUGGAUUGAAGGUUUGUUUCUGCAGAAAAACAACAAGAAAUUAUUGUGGGGGGGAGUUAUGGUGGUCUUAUUGUACACUGUAAAGUGAUCAGUUACUAUUAAUUUUUAUUCUGGAUUUAGCAA